AUGUCCAAUUCCAUGUAUGACCGAAAACUUCCCGUGAACUACGAAUCAUGGCUACUCCUUGACGCCAACCCUGUUCCUGGUGGACUCGCUUCCACGGAUGUAACUCCUGAAGGCUUUCUCUUCGACGUUGGUGGCCAUGUAGUCUUCUCCCAUUACAAGUACUUCGACGAUGCUCUGAACGAGGCACUUCCUUCCCGCGAUGAUUGGCUUGAGCACCAACGCGUAUGUUAUGUACGCUUCAGAGGUCAAUGGGUUCCAUAUCCGUUCCAGAACAACAUUGCAGCCCUGGAAAAGGAGGAACAGGCGCUCUGCAUGGAGGGCAUUAUCGAUGCCGCGCUUGAGGCCCGAGUACGCUCCCCGACUGACAAGCCAGCGAACUUCGAUGAGUGGAACCAGCGUAAUGUUGGGCUACGAUUGACAGAAAUAUUUAUGAGACCAUAUAAUUUCAAAGUUUGGGCCAUUCCGACCACCGAGAUGAAUGCUUCUUGGGUUGGUGAACGAGUUGCAAGUCCAGAUAUAAAGCUGCUCGCCCGAAAUGUCAUCAUUGGAAAGGUGGCUCCGGGAUGGGGCCCGAAUGCAACUUUCCGCUUCCCUACAAAUGGAGGCACGGGCGGUAUCUGGACCGCCGUCGCGAAAACAUUGCCCGCGAAGCGAACUCGAUUUGGCGAGCACAGUUCAGUGAUCCAUAUCGAUGCCGACUCCAAGACCGUGCAACUCAAGGAUGUCAGGUACAACAACCUCGUCAAUACUAUGGCGCUCGACACCCUUGCGUCCGUGAUGCGAGAUACCAAGCUGGCAGAAAUGUGCAAGUCUCUUCGCUACUCGUCCACUAAUGUCAUCGGAGUUGGUAUUCGUGGUGCCCGACCCGAUCGCAUCGGUGACAAGUGCUGGCUGUACUUUGUCGCAGACGAUUGCCCGUUUUAUCGAGCGACGAUCUUUUCCAACUACUCUCCAAACAAUCAACCCGCUGCGUUUCGCAAACUUCCCACGCUACGCCUCGCCAACGGAGAGAAGGCUAAGACUAGUACACCACAGCAAGGGCCUUACUGGUCCAUUAUGCUAGAAGUCUCUGAGUCGGCGUGUAAGCCGGUUGACCAGAAGACUAUCGUCAAUGAAUGCAUUUCACAACUUAUUGUCAACGACAUGGUUCGCGCAGACGACGAGAUUGUAAGCAUUUACAGCCGUCGCUUCGACCACGGCUAUCCAACGCCGUCCUUGAAGCGCGAUGCUGCGCUGGAAGAGGCCUUGCCUUACCUGAAAAGCAAAGACAUUCUAUCACGUGGUAGGUUUGGAGCUUGGACUUACGAGGUCGGCAAUCAAGAUCACAGUUUUAUGCAAGGUGUUGAGGCUAUUGACAAUAUCUACAAUGGCGGUGCAGAGCUUACUCUCAACUAUCCUGACUUGGUUAACAGGCGUGCUAAUACAGAGCGUCGUCUUCCUGGCUUUUAA